GAAAGAAAGAAAAAAACAAUUAAAAAGGCCGGAAAAUUUAAGGCUGGCCAUUAUUCUCUUUCUUUUUAUUUUCAGUUGACCACACCGCCAAAAACCCCACCACCAUCCCCAUUCCGCCGUAAAUUUUCUGCCGUUCCCAAGACAAAAAGUCCCCACCCCGCCGUGGAAAACUUUUUCCCACCUGAUUUACCGCCGAGAGAACCAAAUGCUAAGCACAAAAUUACUACCAAACAUUGGCCGUACAAGAGCAACCUUUACAAGCAAGUGCCUCCGCUUCACUACACCAACCACUACUUCACUAACACUAGACUCGUACCGUGAAACCAGUUUUCAGUCAAAUGUUUACGCACGUAACAGAGUAAUAGACAAUCAAAUCAAAUCUGGGGCUUUAAAUACAGCCCUCAAACUGUUCGACGAAAUGCCCAUUCGUGAUGUUGUUACUUGGAACUUGGUAAUUUCCGGGUGUGGCCGUUAUGGACAUCCAAGUCAAGCUCUGUGUCUCUAUAACCAAAUGAUUUCCCAGGGGAUUAAAGAAAGUGGGUCCACUCUUUCAUCUGUUUUGAGUAUAUGUUGCGAUGCGGGGUUGUAUGAUGGGGGAAUCCAAGUUCACAGUAGGGUGAUUGUAUUGGGAUUCAGUAUGAACCAUUAUGUAGCAAGUUCUCUUGUUGAUCUUUAUAUGCAUAUCGGUCUUGUUGGUUUGUCUUUGAAGUUGUUCAAUGACUUGUCACAUCGGAACUUAGCUGUAUGGAAUUCGGUUUUACAUGGAUUUUGUGAACUGGGUCGAUCAAACGAUUUGUUGGGUUCAUUUUUCAGUAUGAAUUUGGAGGGUGUUGAGCCUAAUGGGCUCAGUUUUUGUUAUUUGAUUCGUGGGUGUGGUAGUGAGAGGCUUUUGGAUGAAGGGAAACAGUUGCAUUGUUGUGCAUUUAAACUAGGAUGGGUGGCAGCAAAUUUAUUUGUUGCGAAUGCUUUGGUAGAUUUUUAUUCUGCUUGUGGUUGCUUCGUUGAUGCAAAGAAAUCAUUUGAAACAAUCCCACUUGAGGAUGUGAUCUCGUGGAACUCGGUUGUUUCUGUCUAUGCUGAAAAUGGGUUUGUGCUUGAUGCUCUUGAAAUGUUCACCUGGAUGCAGCUAUGGGGGAAGAGGCCAUCAGUUCGUUCAUUUUUGGGGUUCUUGGGUUUAUCAAGUUGGACUCAAAAUCUCAUCAUAGGGAGGCAAAUUCACUGUUGUGUCCUAAAAUCGGGUUUCGACUGUGGAAGUGUUCAUGUUCAAUCUGCUUUGAUCGAUAUGUACGGAAAAUGUGGUGAGAUCGACAAUUCAGUAUCAUUGUUUGAGAGUGUUCCAGCGAGAAGUCUGGGUUGUUGUAACUCACUAAUGACAUCUUUAUUGUAUUGUGGCAUCAUAGAAGACGUGGUGGAGAUGUUUGGUUUGAUGCUUGAUGAAGGAAUUGGAUUUGAUGAAGUAAGUCUCUCCACGACACUGAAAGCAUUAUCAGUGUCUAUUUCCGGAAGUUUGGCUAGCUGCACAUUGGUGCACUGUUGCGCGAUUAAAUCAGGUUUUGAAUCUGAAAUUGCAGUCUCAUGUUCAUUGAUCGAUGCAUAUUCCAAAUCUGGUCAUGUCACACUUUCUCAACAAGUUUUUGAGAAACUUUCUUCACCAAAUGUCAUUUGCUUCACAGCAAUCAUUAAUGGAUAUGCCCGGAAUGGAAUGGCAAGAAAAUGCCUUGAACUUCUUGGCAUAAUGAUCCAAAGGGGUUUGAAACUUGAUAAAGUGACAUUCUUGGCUGUUUUAAUAGGGUGCGACCAUGCGGGGCUUGUUGAAGAAGGGAAAAUGGUGUUCGAUUCAAUGAAAUCCAUCCAUGGUAUCGAACAAGAAAGGCAGCAUUAUUCAUGUCUGGUUGAUCUUCUUGGUCGUGCAGGUUUACUAGAUGAAGCCGAAGAGUUGAUAAAACAAGCACCGGUGAAGGGUGCAUCUGUAAUGUGGAGCUCGCUACUGCAUAGUUGUAGGGUCCACAAAAAUGAAACGGUGGGACAUAGAGCAGCGGAAAUCUUGAUGGAGCUUGAACCAGAAAAUCACGCGGCUUGGUUUCAAGCUUCGAAAUUUUAUUCUGAAAUUGGAGAUUUUGAAAUGUCAGUUCAAGUUAAAGAGAUUGCGAUGGCUAAGAAGAUGAGGAAGGAGAUUGGUUACAGUUUGAUUGAAGUGAAUGAUCACAUUUGCCACUGAAAUGUAUCAAAGGGACAAAUCGUUUAAAAGAAACCAUUUCGUCUGAGAACAUUGCUGUUUUUGAAGAGCUUGAAAGCUUCAACAUAGAAGAAGGAGAUGAUAUUGAAAAUUUUGAAUUGCCAUUCUGGAAGAGUGAACAUGGUAGCAAGGUUCUUGUGAAUGUUGAUG